GUAGUUUUUUGUUUAUUAGUAGUACGAAAUAGUCAAUUUUAUUAGUAUUUAAAUUAAGUUAUAUUAAGAAUUUUAUCAUACCUCAUAAGAAUGAAUCCUCCAAAUAAGGAAGCAGCGUUUGACUCAUUUUACACUGAGGUAAAAGAAAUCGAAAAACGAGACUCUGUUUUAACGCCUAAACAGCAAAUAGACAGACUACUACGACCAGGUUCAACUUAUUUUAAUCUGAAUCCUUUCGAAGUGCUCCAAAUCGAUCCCGGGACCCCCUUGGAUGAGGUUAAAAAGAAAUAUAGGAGGUAUUCAAUAUUAGUGCAUCCAGAUAAAAAUCAAGAUGACGCAGAAAGGGCCCAACAGGCUUUUGAAAUUAUUAAUAAAGCCUGGAAAACAUUGGAAAAUGACGAUACACGAAAAAAGUGUAUGGAUAUUUAUGAUGAAGCAAAAGGCAGGACCGAUCUCAUGAUUGCUGAGAAGCGAAAAAAAUUAAAAAAAGAUGGAAAAACAACUGAAACUAUUCCUGAAGAUGAUCCUCAACAAUAUAAACAUGCUGUGUACGUACUGAUGAUGAAGUUAUUUGCUGAUAUGGAGCGCAGAAGACAACACCUAGAGACUCGAGAUAUGGAGGAAAGAAAAAGAAAAAGGGAGGCUGAAAUUGAACAAGAAGAAAAAUCAACAAUGGAAAGGGAAUGGCAAAAGAACUUUGAGGAAUCACGCCAAAAUAGAGUCGACAGUUGGUUAAAUUUUCAGGCUGGUAGUUCAUCAAAAUCUGGGAAAAGCAAAGAAAAGAAAGUGAAAAAAAUCAAAUCAUUUCGCCCACCCAAACCUAAACCGGAAUCUAGAUAAAAAAAAUUAU